CUUACUUCUAAACAUAAAAAUUGUUUAGUAGCGAAAAUGAAUUGGAAUAGUAUUGUUGUUCUGUGCGCCGUGAUAGCAGGGUCAUCAUGUGCUGAAGACCUCACGUUUCCACCUGGGUUUCUCUUCGGAGCAGCCACCGCUGCCUACCAGGUCGAAGGAGCUUGGAAUGUUAGCGACAAAGGAGAAGGCAUAUGGGAUCGUUUGUGCCAUGAACGUCCUACGAUGAUAACGGACCUGACCAAUGGGGACGUCGCUUGCGAUUCCUACCAUCAGUGGCGGAGAGACAUCGAAAUGGCUGAAGAGCUUGGAUUACAAUUUUAUAGGUUAUCUAUAUCCUGGCCUCGUCUCCUGCCAUCAGGGUUCCCCAACCACAUCAGCGAAGAUGCGAAGAACUAUUACAACAACCUGAUUGAUGGUCUACUGGAGAAGGGGAUCGAGCCGUUCGUUACUCUGUACCACUGGGAUUUGCCGCAAAGUCUUCAAGAUUUAGGUGGCUGGACGAACCCCCUCAUCGUGGACUGGUUCGUCGACUACGCCAGGGUCGCUUACACCAUUUUCGGCGACCGUGUGAAAUGGUGGAUAACCAUCAAUGAACCCCUGAUUAUCUGUGACGUGGUUUACAGCACUGCUAUCCUGGCUCCUCCCAUUUUGAGCCCAGACGUUGGAGCCCACUUGUGCUCUAAGAAUGUGGUGAUGGCCCACGCUAAGGCUUAUAGGCUAUACGAUGAAGAAUUUAGAUCUAAAUAUCACGGUAAGGUGUCACUGGCCAAUCACCAUGUUUGGUUCGAUCCACUGACACCAGCCGACGCUGAACUAGCUGAACUAGCAAGAGAGAACUGUGUUGGGAAAUACGCUCAUCCGAUCUACUCGAAGGUUGGAGGUUGGCCACCAGCGUUGGAGAAGGCACUGGGAGAAUACUACUCGAAGCUUGGGUACUCCAAGCCGGUACUUCCUCCCUUCACACAGCAAGAGAUCGAAUACGUUAGAGGAACCUUUGAUUUCUACGCUAUGAACCAGUACACCAGUCGCCUGAUCCGUCAAGCGAAGGAGGGCGAAACCUUCGAACCUUGGCCUCUUGGAGACGCCAUACAACUCAAUGGUAAAACGGAGCGAGAUGAGAGUUGGCCUACUACACUAUCAUUCUGGUUUUUCGUACACCCUGAAGGUAUACGGCGUCAGCUCGUCUGGUUGAAGCAACAGUACGGAGAUAUAGAAUAUGUCAUCACGGAGAAUGGACUGUCAACUGAAGGUGGAUUGGAUGACCAGGAUAGGAUUGAUUACUAUAGGAAGUACUUGAGACAGAUCCUAUUGGCGAUAAAGGAGGACCGCGUCAAUGUGACUGGGUACACUGCCUGGACCUUGAUGGACAACUUUGAGUGGAUGGAUGGACUUCGUAACAAAUUUGGACUCUACGAGGUGGACUUUAACGAUCCGAUGCGCACACGCACGCCUCGAGCUUCAGCGAACUUCUAUUCGAAUCUUAUUAAGACAAGAACAUUGGAUUUAGGCACAAUACAGGACGAACUGUGAUUUUUGUGAUAUUAUUAAUGUAGUAUUUAUUUAAUCUAAGCUAAG